UCUGCCUCGUCAUUCUUGCCGAGCGACGAAGCAAGCAUAGGAAGCGCGAAAAAGAGAAGAAUCAAAUAUUAAAGCUUUUCAGUCUUUCACCUGCAUUCUGAGCUAGGGUUUAAGCUCUCCCUCUUCCCUCCUCCCUGCAAUGGCGGAUACUAAGUCUGUCGAUGCUUCUCUUUGGUGGGAUUCUUUCACUUUGCUGCUUUCUGAGCUCGAGAACUCCUCUCUCUCUUCAGACCUCCCUCAAAACUUGGUGAAAAAGUUGAAGGACAACCAUUCCUGGCUAGUGGAUGCAGUUUCGCGCUUCAAGCCGCCAAAUGAGAAAUCAAAGGAAGCUCUGAAUUCGAAGAAACUGCAAAUCGGAUCUCACCAACUUACUAUACAAACACAUUUGAAAGAUAAAGCUUUGAAAAUCAGCUCCUGCUUGCAAUUAGAUGAAGUUCAAUCGUACAUUAUUGCCGAAAGGUCAAUAAAAAAUAACAAUGUUGCUGUUGAUUCCAUGGCUCAAGAAUUUCUUCACGUGAUAGUGAUUCAAUAUUAUACGGAGAGACAGUGCUUGCUGAAAUGCAUCAGGUGGAUUCUCAUGCAUGCUAUAUAUAUCGGACCAGGCUCUAAAGAACAUGUUAUUAGAGAGGAGGCUAAAAAGUUGUUUCAUGAUGGACUGGAAAGCAAAUUAAUAUCUUUGUUUCAGGAUCUUUUGCUUUUUAGUUAUCCAGAGCAAAUGGAUGUUGAUCUUUUCACUCUGUGGGCCGAGGAGACUCUAAUUGAAGACAGCUUAGUUCUGGACAUUCUGUUCCUUUCGUAUUAUGACUCAUUUUGUGCCUGUAGUGGUGAAAAGUGGAAGAAAUUAUGUAACAUGUACAAGGGAAUCAUUUCUGGUCACUAUAACUUAAGAAAGCUCGCAAUAACAUCAGAAGCCUGGCAACUGUCUUAUCAUGCCAAAAUUCAACUGCUACUUAUCCUGAUAGAAACUCUGGAUUUGGAAAAUCUUCUUCAGAUGGUUCAUGAUGAAACACCUUACAGGAAAGGUGCGUCUACUUUUUCACUGAUUGAUGUCCAAGAGAUGGAUGCAUUAAUUUCUACUUUCAAUGCUUUUGAAAUGAAAGAAGCCAGCCCCUUAAUACUAGCGUGGGCAGCAUUUCUUUAUCUGCUAUUGACACUUCCAGGAAAAGAUGAAAACAAUGACCUCAUGGAGAUUGAUCAUGUUGGUUAUGUUCGACAAGCAUUUGAGGCUGCAUCCUUUAGUUACUGUCUUGAAAUUCUUGAGUGUGACAUACUGAAGGAUUACGAUGGUCCUGUUUCAGGAUAUCGUAGUGUUUUGAGAACAUUAUUAUCUGCAUUUAUUGCAUCUUAUGAGGUCAACAUUCAGGCAGAGGACAGCGACCCCAUUUUGAUACUGGAUAUUCUUUGCAAGAUUUACAGAGGAGAGGAAUCACUAUGUAUUCAGUUUUGGGACAAGGAAAGCUUUAUUGAUGGUCCAAUUCGUUGUCUUCUUUGCAACCUAGGGAAUGAGUUCCCUUUCCAGACAGUGGAACUUGUGCAACUCUUGUCUUCCCUUUGUGAGGGCAUGUGGCCCGCAGAAUGUGUGUAUAACUUCCUAGAUAGGUCUAUUGGUGUGUCAUCCUUGUUUGAGAUUAGUAAUGAGUCAGUGGCAGAUGUCUCUCACAUAGUUGAGGCACAACAAGCAGUGCAAGUUCCUGGAAUUGAAGGCUUUUUUAUUCCUGCUGGAACUCGUGGACAUAUCUUGAAAGUAAUUGGAGGGAAUACCGCCCUUGUACGAUGGGAGCAUGCAACAUCAGGAGUGUUUCUCUUACUCCUACGUUUAGCCCAAGAGGUACAUUUGAAUGACAAGGAGGAGGUCCUUUUGACUCUUGAUCUGCUCAGUAGAUUGGUUUCCUUUAACACUGCUGUCUGUUUUGAGUUGAUGAGUCUGAGCUGCUCUGCACAUUUUCAUGCUGUCAGCUUGAUGAGCGAGCAGGAAAAGAAUGUCUGGGUGAUUGAGAUUAUUUGCAAUCUCGUCAAAAAGCAAUCUCUGAAUUCCUAUGGUGCUGCACUGAUGUCAAAGGGCAUCAAGAUUUUGGGAAAGAUGUUAAUUUGUUCUCCCUCUACCGUCGUGGCAAUUGCUCUAAAUGCAAAUAUAUUUGAUAUGGCUUUGCAGACAACUGUUUUCAGUAGAGGGAAUAAUGCUUUGUCAAGUGGUUCAUGGCUGCUUUCUGGCAAACUAGCUAAGAUGCUUUUAAUUGACUGUGAACAAAACAGUGAUGACUGCCCGUUGGCAAUAUCAGUUCUGGACUUUACCAUUCAGCUGGUAGAAACUGGGGUGGAGAAUGAUUGUCUCCUGGCGUUAAUUAUUUUCUCUUUGCAGUAUGUUCUGGUUAAUCAUGAAUCCUGGAAAUACAAGAUGAAGCAUGUGCGAUGGAAAGUGACAUUGAAGGUGCUUGAAUUGAUGAAAUGCAACAUAUUGAUGGCUCGCCAUGGAAAAAUAGGUGAGAUAAUUCAUGAUGUGUUGUUCUCUGAUUCAUCCAUUCACAAGACGCUGUUCCAAAUUGCUUGCACUACAACGAAUGCCUUGGAGAAAUUGCAUGCAAGCCGCCUCUUUGAUCCAGUGGAGAUUGAAGGGUUACAAUUUGCAAUAAGUUCUGUAUUAGAUGUUCUUCUUGUCAUGCUGACCAAAUUUUCCGAGGAGGCAUCAUCCACCAUUUCUGUUUUUCACCAGGCAGUGCUAUCAUGUACAACCAAUUCUGUCCCCAUUGUUGCUGCUGUUAUAUCCUUGAUUUCAUACUUUCGAGAUCCUGCCAUCCAAAUUGGUGCUGCUAGGUUUAUUUCAUUCUUAUUUUCUAUAGCAGAUUCCGUUCAACCAUUUUCAUAUGGAACCACAUGCUUUGCUCCAGAAUCUAAUCAGAUCGUGGAUUUUAGACUAUCUCUGAGCUACAUAUUGUUGGAGCAGUCUGCAUCUAAUGAAGAUCUGUUUAUUGCAACAGUUGAUCUAUUGACUUCUGCAGCACAUCACCAGCCUGCAUUUCUUAUUGCUAUAUUUAAUCCAGAGGAGAAGGACGAUGGUCAGUUAAUUGUUACUGGUGAUGGAGAGUCGAAGGGUUCAAAGGACUCAGGCCUGAUAGAUGCACUUAUGGAUUAUAUUGUGAGGGCAGAUAAUCUGAUCCAGAGCCACCCUCGCAUGCUGCUGAGUGUGCUUAACUUCAUGGUUGCCUUGUGGCAAGGGGCUUCUCAGUACUUAAAUAUCCUGGAGUCUCUGAGAAGCUCUGAGAAGUUCUGGAAGUACUUGUCCAAUGCAAUCUUAAGAGUUGCUGGCAGCACAAUUCAUCUACCUGUUAAUCUGACAGAGAAGGAUGCUCAAAAUCUAGCGAACACGUACCUUUGUCAAUCUGCAAUACUUGGAAUCAUGUCAUAUGAGCUGUUCUUGCAGAAAAGUUGUUGCAUGGCAACGAACAAGAUGGUGCAAAAACAGAAAAAUCCAAGGCACCCGCUUUUUUGUGAUGUUAAGGAAAUUUGGUCUUCCUGGUGCAAAGAUUCUGUUUUGGAGAAACUAAUGAAGUCGUAUACUUCUGGGUAUAAUGAUGACAUAUAUUAUAGUGCAAAAGUUGCCAUCAGUUUAUUCUCUGUCCACGUGAUGGAAAAACUAGUGGCUGGUGAUUCUGGAAGUUUAUCAGUGUCAUUGCAGCAGAAGUUUCAUACAAUGUUAACAAAGUUGUGCAUGCAUCCUGCUUUUUCUGAAUUACUCUGCCAGUAUUCACAGCGUGGCUACAGUGAAGGGAAGAAAUUAAAGAAAUUGAUACUCAGUGAUCUGUAUUAUCAUCUCCAAGGAGAGCUCGAGGGUAGAAAAGUCAGCACGGGACCAUUUAAAGAGUUGUCUCAGUAUCUGGUUGAAUCAAAUAUUUUGGAAACCUAUCAAAACAAUCUCAAUGGUGACCUUAGUGCAACUACCAAGAAUUUAUACUUAUUUGACCUUGUACGCUUGCGAGCUGAUAUAGGAUUAGACGUGUGGGAUUGUUCCGAGUGGAAGGCAUCUAAGGAGAUUGCAGAAAUCAUGUUGCACUGGCUGCAGGAAGCAAACUCAUUUAUGUUGGCUUCAAGUUCAAAGCUUUCCGCAUUUAAAGCAUUGAUUUCUGUCUUGACUGUCUACCAUGAUGAUGCACUAGGGAGAAAAUCUAUGAGAGAGGAGAUUCCUGAUCAAAUCAUUUUCACAUGCAUAGAUAAUAUAUGCCAAUCUUUUCACGCUACAAUUGAAAAGUUAGCACCCGUUCUUGAUGUAUCUGAAGAUACACUCAAUUUUCUUGCGUCUCAAGCAGAGCUGCUUCUCCAGUUGACCAGAACUGUCUGCAAAAGUCUCUCCUUUGGUGUUUCCCUGCUUGUUCUCAAAUGUUCUGGUUCAGGUCUUAAACUGUUUAGUGAACUUCAGCUGUUGUCUUCUAAGGCCAGUGUGAUAAUGAAGCUAUUACUCACAUUGCUGCUUUUAGUACUAGAUUCCAACUGCCUCAGUUCUCGUUUGGGUGGGACGAUAGAUGAGAAGUCCGGGGAGGGGUUUUCUAAAAUUUCAAUUGCAAUCGUUGGGCUACUUCCCAUUCUUUGCAAAUGUGUUGCUGCUUCUGAACAUUGUAUGCUGUCUCUGUCAGUUAUGGACCUGAUAUUAAGGAAUUUUUUGAUGCCUGAGACUUGGUUACCUGUCAUAAAGAGUCAUCUGCAGCUUCAACAUCUCAUGCAACUUCAAGAUAAAACGUCCUCUUCCAUCCCAAUAAUAUUGAAGUUUCUUUUGACACUUGCACGUGUAAAAGGAGGUGCUGAGAUGCUUUAUGCUGCUGGUUUCUUGUCAUCUCUGAGAGUGUUGUUUACUAAUGAUGAUGAGGCGUCCUCAAGGAGUCAUAGCGAAAAUGUGGGUGGCUUACACCAAAAGUUUGAAAUGCCUGUAGACAUUUGGGGACUCGGAUUAGCUGUGGUCACAGCUAUGGUUCAAUCCUUGGAAGACAGUUCUUCUUGCCCAGCUAUUGUUGAUAGCGUAAUACCUUAUUUUUUCCAGGAGAAUGCUUAUCUUAUUUUUGGUUCUCUAAAUGCUCCAGACCUCCCUUCAGAUCAACGUGACAAGAAAAGACCUCGGCCACAGAGGUCAUGGAUGUCUCUUGCUAAUCUUAAGGAGACAGAACAUACUUUGAUGCUCAUGUGUGAAUUAGCAAAACAUUGGAAUUCAUGGACUAAGGCAAUCAAUGAAGCGGAUAGACAGCUUAGAGAGAGAUGUAUCCAUCUCUUGGCCUUUAUUAGCAGGGGCACUCAACGCCUUGGUGAUUUAUCAAACAGGAGUGCCACACUUUUAUGUCAGCCAACUCUUAAAGAGGAAUUUGACAGUUGCUCAAAACCUUCGUAUAUCAACAGUAAAAAUGGAUGGUUUGCCCUUUCUCCACAAUGCUGCGUGUCAAAACUGAACACCACUCCUUUCUCAACUGCUUUGACCAUCUAUGGUCAAGCAACUAAAGCUACAGAUCUGUUUCCAAAAACAUGCUUUUCUGACACUGUUGCUGUGCAAAUAUAUAGAAUUGUUUGUCUCCUUUUAAAGUUUCUCAGCUUACAAGCUGAGGGUGCUGUUAAAAGGGCUGAGGAGGUUGGAUUUGUUGAUCUUGCACAUUUUCCUGAGCUUCCGAUGCCCGAAAUCUUGCACGGAUUGCAGGAUCAAGCUAUUGCGAUUGUUAGAGAGUUAUGUGAGGCGAACAAACCAAGGGUUUCUCCCAAAUUCAGGACCCUUUGUUACUUAUUGUUGCAGAUAAUUGAAAUGGCCUUGCAGUUGGAGCUUUGUGUCCUGCAGAUAUGUGGCAUAAGACCGGUAUUAGGGCGUCUGGAUGAUUUUUCAAAGGAAAUUAAAACUUUAUUUGGUG